AGCCCAUGUUUGCAAAGAAGAAGCAGCAUCUCCAUCUCUGUAAGAGGGAUGGCUGCUUUUCAAAAAUUGUUCAAAAUUUUUUCGUGUUGUUCUGUCGAUGUUGGAGCGUCACGGAUGUUUUUGUCGUCGUCGUCGUUGUUGUGAAGCAGUCAUCAGUUCCUGUUCUGGUUGGUCUUGGUUCAUUGUCACUUUGGAAUCAUGUCCAGCUCUGGUGAUUUGCCAGCCAUAGAAGGAUCUGGGAUGGGCGGGCUGAAGCUUCCCGUUGGGAUGACCAGACGUGCCCUCAGCUAUGAUGAUAACCUGGAGGCCCCCAUGUCCACACCCCCUCAUGACAUCAGCAUCAACAACCUGUGGAGGCGACCAGUCAUACCGGACAGAAAGUUUGCGCACCUUGCUGAGGAGGAGGAGGAGCAGAGCGGUGCAGCGAGUCAGUCUGCAGUGGUGGACAGUGUCCCCUCCAGGUCAACGGGAGUAGUGAAAACAAAGGCAUCGUCAGUCAUUGUGAACUAUCUCAUCACCAAGCAUACUCAGGAUAGUAUGCAUAACUUUGAGCAGAGGGCGGGACUGACAGACACCAGCUACACGCCCCACAAAGGCCUCACCGCCGAGGAGACGCGCCACCACCAUCGCAUGCCCGAUUCCUUCCAGAAGCUGCAGAUUCAGAGCAUGGAGGCCAGAGAAGAGCGACAAAGCUCCUCGGCACAAUCUACUCCUUCCAGCACUCCACACAGCUCUCCUAAACAACAGCACAGGAGCUGGUUCAGCAAAACGGGUUCUGAGGUCAGCCUCGGCUCCUCCAACAGCAGUGUGGACAUAGCAGGAGGAGAAACAGCAGCAGGAGGUGUGGUUGAACGGUGGAGCGUGUUUGGCCCGUGUCCACUUGUCCAAAAGUCAACCUCCGACCUUGGACCAGACUCAGCAUCUGCAGGCUUUGCGCUGCAGGCUUACCGCGGUGCCCAGAAGCCAACCCCCAUGGAGGUGAUGAAGUCCCAGGCUACCAGGUUCGCCGAAAACCCUAAUAAUCAGAAUAUGGCCCCGCCUAAAAUGGAGAUUCCUACAGUGGAGAGUCGCCGGCAGGGAGCACGCCAACACAAGCUCAAGCCGAGAGAAAUGAACAUGCUGACGCCCUCUGGCUUCUAGGAGGAGGCAUGACACCUGUUCCUCCAGUGGAUUUGUGUGUAUUCAAAGGUCAAACACUGAUCAUCUGAGCUUUGUGUAUCAUUUCAUGCUGCAGGCUCAGAAUGAUUUAACCCCGCAGUGCGGGUAAGGCAGAGGCCUGGUGACCGACUCGGACAACUUUUGUCAAGCAGAAUGUGACGUUCGUCGUCACUGCAGCCAGACUCUGAAGGUCCCGGACCAGCUGCCGUCCUGGUCUGGUAUUAUCCCUUCUGAAAGCACGAUGAUUGAGAUGCGUGUGUUCUCCUGCUUACCGAAAUGUUCCGUUUAGUUUAUUGUGUAUUGUUUU